GGCUGGCAUAUGAUACAUACUCGCUUAAAUAUAAGGGGAGAUGAUGAUCGUGAUUUUAAAAACUUUAUUAGAACAGAUAAAGGGUCUCGGGGAAACCCAAACUCUACUACAUCUAGAACAUAUAAUUUUUAUGUUUCUGUACUUCUCUCCUACAUUUUAAGGUACUCUGGGUCUCUAGAUUGAUCAGGAAACUUUACAUGGCAUCACCCAGCAAUGACUCCACUGCCCCAGUCUCUGAAUUCCUCCUCAUCUGCUUCUCCAAUUUCCAGGGUUGGCAACACUGGCUGUCCCUGCCCCUCAGCCUCCUCUUCCUCCUGGCCAUGGGGGCCAACGCCAUCCUCCUGAUCACCAUCUGGCUGGAGGCCUGUCUGCACCAGCCCCUGUACUACCUGCUCAGCCUCCUCUCCCUGCUGGACAUCAUGCUCUGCCUCACUGUCAUCCCCAAGGUCCUGGCCAUCUUCUGGUUUGAUCUCAGGUCAAUCAGCUUCCCUGCCUGCUUCCUCCAGAUGUUCAUCAUGAACAGUUUUCUGACCAUGGAGUCCUGCACGUUCAUGGUCAUGGCCUAUGACCGCUAUGUGGCCAUCUGCCAUCCAUUGAGAUACCCAUCUAUCAUCACUGACAAGUUUGUGGCUAGGGCUGUGGUCUUUGUUAUAGCCCGAAAUGCCUUUGUUUCUCUUCCUGUUCCCAUGCUUUCUGCAAGGCUCAGAUACUGUGCAGGAAACGCAAUCAAGAACUGCAUCUGCACUAACCUGUCUGUGUCCAGACUCUCUUGUGAUGACAUCACUUUCAAUCAGCUCUACCAGUUUGUGGCAGGCUGGACCUUGUUGGGCUCCGACCUUAUCCUUAUUUUUAUCUCCUAUUCUUUUAUACUGAAAGUUGUGCUAAGGAUCAAGGCAGAGGGUGCUGUGACCAAGGCCUUGAGCACCUGUGGUUCCCACUUCAUCCUCAUCCUCUUCUUCAGCACAGUGCUGCUGGUUCUGGUCAUCACGAACCUGGCCAGGAAGAGAAUUCCUCCUGACAUCCCCAUCCUGCUCAACAUCUUGCACCACCUCAUUCCCCCAGCUCUGAACCCCAUUGUUUAUGGUGUGAGAACCAAGGAGAUCAAGCAGGGAAUCCAAAACCUGCUGAGGAGGUUUGUAGGAGUAGGAAGGUUUAGAUCGACUUUUGGAGUUGUUAAUGAAAAAUAGAAACAUAGGGAAUUAUUUUUAUGCUGGAAAGGAAUUUUCACUUUUAUUUAUUUAUUUAUUUAUUUUUUAAAUUUUUUUUUAAUUUUUUAUUGGAUUAUAGGUUUUGGGGUACAUGAGCAGAGCAUGCAAGACAGUUGCGUAGGUACACACAUGGCAGUGUGCUUUGCUUUUCUUCUCCCCUUCACCCACAUUUGGCAUUUCUCCCCAGGCUAUCCCUCCCCACCUCCCCCUCCCACUGGCCCUCCCCUUUUCCCCCCAAUAGACCUCAGUGUUUAGUACUCCCCUUUCUGUGUCCAUGUGUUCUCAUUUUUCAUCACCCACCUAUGAGUGAGAAUAUGCGGUGUUUCAUUUUCUGUUCUUGUGUCAGUUUGCUGAGGAUGAUGUUUUCCAGAUUCAUCCAUGUCCCUACAAACGACACGAACUCAUCAUUUCUGAUUGCUGCAUAAUAUUCCAUGGUGUAUAUGUGCCACAUUUUUCCAAUCCAGAAUUUCAUAUCCAGACUGGCAAAUUGGAAUUUUCACUUUUAAAUCCUGGCUUGAGUUCUGAUUCUUCUUUUCCCAAUGUCUCAGUUAACAAUGAACAUAUUCAUUUGUGGAUCUUUGUUUUCUGUUGCUUGAAAGGAAAUCUACCUUUCCUGGAUUCUAUGAUUACCACGGAAUUUUUUUGUAAUCUGAUUUGUAACAAAAAAUCUUGCCAAACCUUUGACAAAUGGAGCUGUAUUAGAAUGUAAGUGUUUGAUCACUAGAAUAAACUUUAUAUAAUGCCUUUAAAAAGAUCUGCCUGUCUUCUGAUUUGCAAAUGACAGUGAUUCCUUUUCUGUUUCUGGUUCAGCCUGGCAGAUGGCUAUCUGGCUUUGGUGCCAUGAAGACAUUGCUUGGGAUAAGUACAGAUGUUGACUCUGGAACAACUUGGGGUUGAGUGCUUUGUCCUGAACACCCCGACUCUCUCUCAUGGCACCUGAGUCAGAUGUGCUAUUCACUGGCUCCUCAGUUCUUCCUAGAGCCAGUUAAGAUUUUCAGUCUGUACCACCUGAAAUAAUAGGCAGCACUUCCUAUUAUUUCUCUCUACUUAGAUUUGCUUCCUUCAGUUUUCGGGUUGUAAAGGAGGUUGACAAUGUUUUAGGGUUUUUAGGUUGGGGAGGAAUUGUAUUGUUUGAAGUGCUUUAUGUUCUUUUCUUCAUCAUCUUCAUCUUCAUGUUGUUUUGAUCCUUGUUCCUAUCUCAUCUUGAACUGCCCAACCUAGGCACUAUGGAUGGUCCCAUUCAUUCCCUCUGUUGCUGUUUGCUGCAGCCUCCCUCCCCUGUGGCUGGCAGAGCUGCAAACAAGUUUUCCAGACAUGAAAGUUCUAGGGUUUGUUUUUCACAGAAUAGUGUUUUCUACUAUUUUGCAAUUUCCUUCUUAAUGAUGCCAUACAGUUCAGUAUCUCCAAGGAAUAUUAAUCAGUCUUAACCUGUCUCUUUCGGGGCUGAAAAUUAAGAUUUCAAGUCUAUCAUUUGUCCAAGCAUUGUUUGACAACUGUCCCAACUGUACUAUUCUACUUUCAUUUGUACUGAAGCUUAUCUUUGCUGAAUGACUUGUAUUAAAAUUAGUAACUCUACAGUGUUUUAAAACAUUUUAUGUUACAGCAUUUUUAAUUGCAGACCUCUUAUAUUCUAGCCCCAACCUACUUUUUAGACUUAUCUUAAACUUUGUUUUUCUGCCACUGUAGCCCGAACGAAUUGCUCAUCAUUUCCUGAAAAGUACUUAUUCUCAUUUUGCUCUCUCUCCUCUAUCAUUUGAUGCUUCUCACAUCAGCCUUCUUUAUCCAGUAUCACCAUUUGCCAAACCUCAUCUUUCCUACCAGGUUUAAUUCAAAUUCCACCUCCCACAGAAGAUCUUCCUUCCUCUUUCCUUUAUUUUAUCCUUCCUAAUUUAGACUUUUCCUAAGUGAGUGCCUUUAGUUCAGGCAUAUAAACAAUACAUAAAUCAGACGGUAGCAGGAUUCUCCCUGGGCUCUCUUCUUUUCUUCAGGAAGAGGUGGUAGGUGAUGUGUAAGAGGUGGUAGAUAAGCCUUCUUCAGGAAGGGUAAUAGGUAAUGUGUAAUGAUCCCCAGCUGUGAUCAUUAUUCUUGCAUCUCGUGUGGCUGUAUUUCUUUCUCUGACAUUGUCAUAAGCAUCUUUUAGGUUAAGAGUAUUUUAUUCAUCUUUAAAAUUCUGCCUGGCUACUUUUAUGCUCUCUUUUACAGAUAAAUUUAAAAUAAAAAUGUGUUGACCAAAAUGUGUGGAACAUUUUAUAAGUGAUCUUUCAUCUCUCAUUUUCUUUGAUAACUAUUUGGAAACAACAAUAAAAUCUUAUACUAUUAUGUGUCCUUAUAGUACCUAACACAGAGUCUUAUUUUCAGCCAGCACAAAAUGAACCUCUACACAGUGAAGACUGUUAGGAUUGAGACACUCUGGAUAAUUGGAAUUUUAUUCUCAGAUAAGAUAAUUUGGCUAAAUUUGCUCACAUUUUGUGAACUUUGGCUGAAUUCAUAAAUUCUGGCUUUAUUACCUUGAAAAUGGUGUUCAUUUAUUUUUUAUUGUUUUUUCAAAGAGUGAAUAAACUAAUAAAAGUUUCUGUACAGUAAGUAUAUGCACAUUAAAUUACACACACAUUGAAUGAGUUAUUGUUAUUUUCCUAAGCAUGCUGCUUCCCUUCCUGCCCUCUGAA